GCCGGGCUCUGCAGGCUGCGGCGCGAGCGGGACCCGGAGGCGGCGUGAGAACAGUGAGCCAUGGAGCUGUAUUUCGGUGAAUAUCAACAUGUGCAGCAAGAAUACGGUGUCCAUCUGCGACUGGAAAGUGAUGAAACCAAGAAGUCAAGGAAUGCUCAGCACUCAAAGGCAGGCUCCUAUGGUGUCAGUAUUCGGGUACAAGGAAUUGAUGGCCACCCCUACAUAGUCUUGAAUAAUACAGAACGAUGUCUGGCAGGCACAUCUUUUUCUGAAAACGGGCCCUCAUUUCCAUCUCCAUUGAUAAAUAAACUGCCUCUACAUUCCAGCAAUGGGUCCGUGCUAGAGGAGAACAGUGAAGAAGAACUGCAGCUGCCGGAGAACCCAUAUGCUCAGCCCAGCCCAAUAAGAAAUCUGAAACAACCCUCUUUCUUUGAGGGCAAGAAUGGAAUUGUUGAACACAAAGAAGGUUCAAUGAAGCCAUCCCACCUGCUGAACUUCCAGAGGCACCCAGAGCUUUUGCAGCCCUAUGAUCCAGAAAAGAAUGAGUUGCAAAAUCACCAGCCUCCUGAGACUAAUUGGCUAAAAACUUUAACGGAAGAAGGUACCGACAGUAAGAAAGCCUGGGCUUGCUUUCCAAAAUCCAGUGGUUCCCAGCAGGCCAGCCCUCCUUUGGAAGAUCUGACCAAAUCCAGUGUAACAGCCAUUCGUUUGUGCAGCUCGGUGGUCAUAGAAGACCCCAAAAAGCAGACAUCUGUGUGCGUGAACGUCCAGAGCUGUAACAAGGAGGGGGUCGUGGAGGAGGCGCUUAUUUCUAAUGGGAAGCCCUUGGGCAGCCACAGCCCAAACACCCAACCGGAAGCCAAGAAAAACAGGCCUGAUGUGCUUCCCUUCCGACGACAAGACUCAGCGGGGCCGGUCCUAGACGGGGCUCGGUCUCGGAGAUCCUCGUCGUCGUCCACCACCCCCACUUCGGCCAACUCCUUGUACAGAUUUUUACUGGACGAUCAAGAAUGCGCCAUCCAUGCGGACAACGUGAAUCGUCAUGAAAAUAGACGCUACAUCCCCUUCUUGCCAGGAACCGGGAGGGAUAUUGAUACGGGGUCAAUUCCUGGUGUGGAUGAGUUAAUUGAAAAAUUUGACCAAAAACCUGGGCUGCAGAGAAGAGGCAGGUCUGGGAAACGAAACAGAAUUGAUCCAGAAGACAGGAAGAGGUCCCGAAGCGUGGACAGUGCCUUUCCUUUUGGUCUCCAAGGAAACAAGGAGUACCUAAGUGAAUUUAGCAGGAACCUGGGCAAAUCCAGCGAACACCUGCUCCGACCAUCCCAGCUGUGUGGACACCGACCUGUGGCCCCUGAGCUCCGAGGGAGGCAGGGCGCAGGGCGCGCUUUUGCCAAGCUGCAUGGAGCGAUGCCUGGCAUCCAGGGGGCUCCCCCCAGGCCUGCUCAGCAGAACAAAGAUGGGAAAGCUCCGGAAAACAAAGUUGGCCAAGAAAGUAGGUCAGUGCGCGCAUCCUCCCUUCCAGCUAAGAAUAAAAAGGAAGAGGAGAUCAAAACCACCACGGCUACCCUGAUGUUGCAGAGUCGGGGGGUGGUCACUUCUCCUGAUGCUGGUGCCAAGAGGAUUUCUGUGAAGACAUUUGCUUCCACCUCAAAUACUCAGGCCACACCGGAUCUAUUAAAAGGUCAGCAAGAGCUUACUCAACAAACCAAUGAGGAGACCGCCAAGCAGAUACUUUACAAUUACCUCAAAGAAGGAAGCACUGACAAUGAUGAUGCUACUAAAAGGAAAGUCAACCUGGUCUUUGAGAAAAUCCAGACAUUAAAGUCUCGAGCAGCAGGGAGCUCCCAAGGAAAUAACCAAGCUUCUAAUUCUUCAUCUGAAGUCAAAGAUCUAUUGGCACAGAAAAACAAGUUGAUCACAGAAGUUGCUGAACUUCAGAGACAGCUUCAACUUGAAGUCAAGAACCAACAGAACAUCAAAGAAGAGAGAGAGAGAAUGAAAGCCAACUUGAAAGAACUCCAAAGCCAACAUGACCAUAAGGUCGAAGAGAACUCAGUGCUGCAACGGCGACUGGAGGAAAGCGAAGGGGAGCUUCGGAAGAAUCUGGAGGAGCUGUUUCAGGUGAAGAUGGAACGAGAACAGCACCAGACUGAGAUCAGGGAUCUCCAGGACCAGCUCUCAGAAAUGCACGAUGAAUUGGACAGUGCUAAGCGAUCCGAAGACAGGGAGAAAGGGGCUUUAAUUGAGGAACUCUUGCAAGCAAAACAGGAUCUUCAAGAUCUACUCAUCGCCAAAGAAGAGCAGGAAGAUCUCUUGAGAAAGCGGGAGCGGGAACUGACCGCUCUGAAGGGGGCCCUCAAGGAAGAGGUUUCCAGCCACGACCAGGAGAUGGACAAGCUGAAGGAGCAGUAUGAUGCUGAGCUGCAGGCCCUGAGGGAGAGCGUGGAGGAAGCCACCAAGAAUGUUGAGGUCCUGGCCAGUCGAAGCAAUGCUUCAGAGCAGACGCAGGUGGAUGCUGAAAUGCGCGUGAGGGCUCUGCAGGAGGAGAACGAGAAGCUGCGGCGAAGCUGCGGGGAGCUGGAGUGCAGUGUCACUCAGCUUCAGAGGCAGAUUGCGGACUUGGAAAGCGAUGAAGCCAAAGCGAAGGAACUACUCAAGAAGUGCCAGGCAGAAAUUCAGGAAUUAGAAGAGGCCCUCGGGCAUGCAAAAAAGGAAGAAAAAGAAGCCACGGCAACCAAACGGACCCUGGAGAGUGAACUGGAAGAUGCUCAGAGAAAUCUGAGCCGGGCCACCCUGGAGCAGAAGCAGUUGUCUGAGAAGCUAAAAGAUGAGGCUGAGCAGAAGGAGCAGUUAAGGCGACUGAAGAAUGAAAUGGAGAAUGAGCGAUGGCAUCUUGACAAGACCAUUGAGAAACUACAGAAGGAGAUGGCCGACAUUGUCGAAGUGUCCCGGACAUCAACACUGGAGCUCCAGAACCAGCUGGAUGAGUACAAGGAGAAAAAUCGCAGGGAGCUUGCAGAAAUGCAAAGGCAGUUGAAGGAGAAAACCCUAGAGGCAGAAAAGUCCCGUCUGGCAGCCACGAAAAUGCACGAUGAGAUGCGAGCGAUGGAGGAAGAGUUACGGGACUACCAGAGGUCCCAGGCUGAGGCACUCACAAAAAGGCAGCUUCUGGAGCAGACACUGAAGGACCUGGAGUACGAGCUAGAAGCUAAGAGUCACCUGAAAGAUGACCGCAGCAGACUUGUCAAGCAGAUGGAGGACAAGAUUUCUCAACUGGAGAUGGAACUGGAGGAAGAGAGAAGUAACUCGGAUUUGCUGACUGAGAGGAUCACUCGCAGCAGAGACCAGAUGGAACAGAUAAGGAGCGAGCUACUUCAGGAGCGAGCUGUGAGGCAAGACUUGGAGUGCGACAAGAUUUCCCUAGAAAGACAGAACAAAGAUUUAAAGAGCCGGAUUAUCCACCUGGAAGGCUCCUACAGGUCCAGCAAAGAGGGGCUGGUGGUGCAGAUGGAGGCCAGGAUCGCAGAGCUUGAAGACCGUCUGGAGGGCGAGGAGAGAGACCGGGCGAGCCUGCAGCUCAGCAACCGGCGGCUGGAGCGCAAAGUGAAGGAGCUGGUGAUGCAGGUAGACGAUGAGCACCUGUCGCUGACUGAUCAGAAGGACCAGCUGAGCUUGCGCUUGAAAGCAAUGAAGCGACAGGUGGAGGAAGCUGAGGAGGAAAUCGACAGACUGGAAAGUUCAAAAAAGAAGUUGCAGAGGGAGCUGGAGGAGCAGAUGGAUGUGAAUGAGCAGCUCCAGGGCCAGCUCAAUUCCAUGAAGAAGGACCUAAGACUGAAGAAGCUGCCAAGCAAAGUGCUGGACGACAUGGAUGAUGACGACGACCUCAGCACAGAUGGAGGGAGCCUCUAUGAGGCGCCACUGAGCUACACCUUCCCCAAGGACUGCACCUCCGUUGGCCAGAUCUGAGCCCACGGCCAGGUCUGUGGAAGCGGAAGUGACCUGUCAUUCCGCAUGGAGACUCGAAACCACCUGCAGCAGGAGAGAGCCCCCUGAGCUGAGACCCCGCCCUGCUCACCCCACAGGCGGACUCUUCCAGGCCACGUUCCUUCCUGGAUCUCGAAAGGCUGGUGCAGUUGUUGUAUCUCAGCUGUGUAGCUACCACAGUUUAAAAUGCUGCCCAUUGUGGGUGGGGUAUUGGAAAUACAACGUGGCAGGAUGGAGCCCGUGUCUGCUGGCGUCAUUUGUGUUACUGAUCCUGCCCCGGUCUAGAUAAAGAGAACAAAAUGGUAGUUAUUUACGAGCCCUUGU